AUGCUCUCUCUGCGACCCAUUCGCAGAUUCUGUCAUCCGUCCUUCUCUUUAGCCUCUGGUAUUGCUUCGAGCUUUCAUUCUCCAUCUGAAUCCAAUCAGAUUCAAGCUUUGAAACCUCUCGAGGAGCCUGCCCUUGUCAAGCUUAAAUCUGAGCGAGACCCUGAGAAGCUAUUCAAUCUCUUCAAAGCUAACGCCACAAACAACCUGGUGAUUGAAAAUCGGUUUGCUUUUGAAGACACGGUCUCGAGACUAGCUGGGGCGCGUCGGUUUGAUUACAUCGAGGAUCUGCUUGAGCAGCAGAAGACACUUCGUCAAGGGAGGCGCGAGGGCUUCAUCGUUAGGAUUAUAAUGUUAUAUGGCAAAGCUGGAAUGACGAAGCAUGCGCUUGAUACUUUCCACAAUAUGGAUCUCUACGGCUGCAAGAGGACUGUUAAAUCCUUCAAUGCCGUGCUUAAAGUCUUAAGCUUGAAGCCUCAUUUUCACACAAUCCAGGCGUUUCUCCACGAAGCCCCUUCCAAGUAUGGGAUUGAGGUUGAUGAAGUUUCUUUCAACAUUGUCAUUAAAUCUACCUGUGAGAUGGGGCUUCUUGAUGAGGCCUAUUUGGUAAUGAGGGAGAUGGAGAAUUCGAGGGUGAAACCAGACGUGGUCACGUAUACGACACUUAUAUCUGCGUUUUACAAGAAGGAGAGGUGUGUGAUUGGGAAUGGGCUGUGGAACCUAAUGGUUCUCAAGGGGUGUAGGCCUAAUCUCACUACCUUUAACGUUAGGAUUCAGUUUUUAGUGAAUAGUAGAAGAGCUUGGGAUGCGAAUGAUCUGUUGCUGUUGAUGCCAAAGCUCAAGAUCGAACCGGACAACAUAACAUAUAACAUGGUUAUCAAAGGGUUUUUCCUUGCGGGGUUCCCUGAGAUGGCGGAGAGGGUUUAUACAGCGAUGCAUGGUAAGGGCUACAAACCUAAUGAAAAGAUAUACCAGACGAUGAUCCACUAUUUGUGCAAGGCAGGGAGUUUUGAUUUGGCUUAUACCAUGUGUAAGGAUUGUAUGAGGAAGAAGUGGUACCCAAACUUGGACACAGUUGGUGUGUUGCUCGAGGGGCUUGUGAGCAAGGGGCAGCUUGAUCAGGCUAAGGUGAUUGUGGGAUUAGUUCACAGACGAGUGCCUCCUUUCAGCUCAAAACAGUUGUUCCCCCUUAAGUCCAUUUUGUAA